GCGGCGCUAGCGGCAACGACAGUGGAGUCGGUGGGGCACGCGUCACGGCUGCGUCACGAAGCUGCCGUGAGUCGAGCUCGCUUUGAAAACAGGACAAAGAGUUGCCGCUCUACCGGGCAAGGGGCACACCGCUAGGUACUGCUGCGCGCUGACUGGAACGCAUAUUCGUCACCCUGCGGAGUGCACGAGAGGAACACGCCCUCGAAGAGAAAUCACCAGCGAGUGAGCCUCCGAGACCCGCCUGGCGAUGAGCUACCCCCAGCAGAACCCCUACUAUCCGCCGCCUCAGCCGGGUUUCCAGAUGCCGCCGCAGGGCGGCUACUAUCCACCCCCGCAGCAGCCGGCGCCCUACUACCCGCCGCCGCAGCCGCAAGCCACCACCGUGGUCGUGCACGAAAAGAAGAAAGACGACGACUGCUGGAAGAACUGCUGCCUUUGCACGCUGUGCAUGGCACUGUGCUGUUGGUGUUGCAGUGACUGAUGCCUGGGACUGCGUGGACGUCCGGCCAGCUUGGCUCGGAAGGACGCUGGGAAAGCACGCCAUGAGGGGCGCUUAUGUUGGAACGGCGAGGGGCUGGUGUGGACGUCUGGCCCCGCGGGGUUGCGCUGUCGCCGCCACACUGGCUUCCGGUGGCCAUUGCAGCAACGAAAGUCGCUGCAAUGGCUGUAGGAUGACAACGAGUGUGGCGGCUGCACACCACUGCGGGUCCAUAUACGGCGUCUUCCUUGUAUGCAGUUUAUCGAGAAAGGCAGCGCGUGCACGUCCGACAUACCUGAAAGACUUUCCUCUGCGUUCCGCCCGAGUGCACCGAAGAUGACACGUGUUUCGAUUAUUCGCUUGUGCAACAAUGGCGCAGCAACUUUGAAUAUUAUUAAUGCGCGAAGUACGGGAAGGGUAGCGUCCCAGCGUCGUCGAUAUAUGUUAACUGACGCUCAAACGUUCAUAUAUCUAUUUGAACAUGCAAAUAUGCACAGAGGGUUCCCAGUCCCUAUGCCGUAUAGUGACACGCCAAAACAAGGGGAUAUUAACUAGGUCGUCUAAAGAUUUUCUACGUAAGAUGUACCUUGGGGUUUUUGUACUUUACGUCCAACGUAGCGUUGCUGCUUUCUAUUAUAUUGUACUUUUUUACCAUGUAUAUACGAAAUAAUGUGUAUAAACAGCAACAAAUUGCA